AUGAGCUCAGAGAGCCUCCUCCCUUCUCAACAGCUUAGGCUCAUUUUCAUUGGGCUUUGUCUACUGUCUUUGGUAGAGUCAUAUGGGUUCCGCAAAUGCACACAGUAUGAAUUAAACAUUCGCCACGUGUUCUGCAUUCGGAAGGAGAUCACCAACUUGACAGAUGCCAUUGGUGACAUCCCUAGAUACACUACUCACCUCAAUCUGACACAAAACCAAAUUCAGGUCCUUCCUCCCCAUAGCUUUGCUAAUUUGUCUGCCCUGGUGGACUUGCGCCUGGAAUGGAAUUUAAUUUGGAAGAUUGAUAAGGGUGCCUUUAAGGAACUUGGAAACCUGACCUUUCUGAAUUUAGUAGAAAAUAAGAUUGAAAGUGUGAACAACUCCUUUGAGGGACUGUCCAACUUGGAGACUUUGCUCCUGAGCCAUAAUUUUAUUACUUAUAUUCACAAAACUGCCUUUGUACCUCUUGUCAAAUUGAAACAUUUAAGCCUGUCUCGAAACCAUAUCACCAAUUUUUCCAAUAUUCUUGAAGCAGUCCAGCAUCUUCCAUGCCUGGAAUACCUUGACCUUACUAAUAACAAUAUCAUAUCCUUGGACCAUAACCCAAGGUCAUUGGUCUCCCUGACCCAUCUCAGCCUUCAGGGAAACAAACUAAAGGAAUUAAAUUUCUCUGCUUUGUCACUGCCUAAUCUGACGACUCUGGAUGUCUCUCAGAAUAGACACCAAGUCAUCCAGAAUGUGGAUCUGGAAACUCUACCCCAACUGAGGAGCUUGAAUCUGAGUGGAACACUGGUGAAACUGGAGAUGCUUCUAGCCAAGUACCUGCAGAAUCUAAGAGAAAUGGACCUCACUAAGCUGGACCUUAGAGGUGGUCACUUAAACUUGAAUACAGUAUGUUGCCUCCUGAAAAACUUACCCACACUAGAAGCAUUAGUUUUUCAGAAAAAUGCCAUGGAUGCAGGGGACAUAAAGCAUCUUGCCAAUUGCACCAGGCUUUUGUCCCUUGACCUGAGCCAAAACAAUGAUCUGGUUCAUCUCAAUGACAAUGAAUUUGUUGCUAUGCCCAGCCUCCAAAGUCUGCAUCUAAACAAGUGCCAGCUUUCCUUCGUCAGCAACAAGACUUGGGGUUCCCUCCAGAACUUGACAGCCCUAUACCUGAGCCAUAACAAGUUUAAAAGCUUUCCGGAUUUUGCAUUUUCACCUCUGAAAGGCCUACAGUCUCUGUUUCUCUCUAAAAACCCCAUCACAGAACUCAAUCAUAUGGCCUUCCAUGGGCUAGAUUUGUUGAAGGAGCUCAACUUAGCUGAGUGCUGGAUAGUAAUGAUUGACAGUUCAUCCUUUGUUCACUUGACAAAUUUAGAGAGCUUAGAUCUUAGACUCAACAAUAUUCAUACUCUGAAGCAGAGAACCUUUCAAUUUCUGAAAAAGCUCAAAGUUCUGAUUCUCUCCAGGAACCGCCUAGAAGUUAUAGAGGAGAAUGCAUUUUUUGGUCUCACUCACCUAUAUUAUCUUGAUCUGGCAUACAAUAGCUUGUCAGGUUUUCAUUUAAAACUUUUCUUGGGCCUUGAAAAUUUAGAAGUGUUGAAUCUCAGUUAUAAUAGGAUUACAUAUGAAACCACUAGGACCUUGCAAUUUCCUCCAUUCAAGAACCUCAAGUCUUUGAAACAACUCAACCUUGAAGGACAAAAUCAUGGGAUUCAGGUUGUUCCAACCAACUUCUUCCAAGGGCUGAAUUGCUUGCAGGAACUAUUCCUAGGAAAAAAUUCCAUGAUAUUCCUGGAUCACCUCCAAUUUGACCCCCUGGUUAAUCUCACAAAAUUGGAUAUCUCCGGAACAAAAGCUGGGGACCGAAGUCUCUAUUUAAAUACUUCCUUAUUCCAAAAACUCAAAAGACUGAAGAUGCUGCGCCUUGAAAACAACAACAUGGAGUCACUGACUCCUGGCAUGUUCUCUGGCUUAGAAAGCCUUCAGGUCUUCUCUUUAAGAUUCAACAAUCUGAAAGUCAUUAAUCAAAGUCAUUUGGAGAAUCUGAAGUCUUUGAUGUACUUUGAUCUCUAUGGGAACAAACUUCAGUGCAACUGUGACAAUAUGUGGUUCAAAAACUGGUCAAUAAACACAGCAGUUGUCCAUAUCCCCUAUCUCGGGAGCUACCCCUGUCAUCAGCCAGAUACCCAGAGUUUGUUGAUAGAUUUUGAUGAUGCCAUGUGUAAUUUUGACCUUGGAAAGAUCUACUUCUUCUCUUCCUUCAGCCUGGUCCUCACAACCAUGGUCUUCUCUUGGUUCAGUGCCAAGAUUAUUUCAUCUCUAUGGUAUGGGCUCUACAUAUUUCGAGCCUGGUACCUAGCUAAAUGGCACAGGACAGAGAAGGAAUUCAUCUAUGAUGCCUUUGUCUCUUUCACUGCCACUGAUGAGCAGUGGGUAUAUGAAGAGCUUGUUCCAGCCCUAGAAGAUGGUGGCCAGCCCAAAUUUAAGCUCUGUCUUCACCACCGGGACUUUGAACCAGGUAUGGACAUCUUUGAAAACAUCCAGAAUGCCAUUGAUACCAGCCGGAAGACUUUGUGUGUGGUCAGUAACCACUACCUCCACAGUGAAUGGUGUCGGCUUGAAGUACAACUGGCCAGUAUCAAGAUGUUCUAUGAGCAUGAGGAUGUUAUUAUCUUGAUCUUCUUGGAAGAGAUCCCAAACUAUAAGUUAUCCAGCUACCACCGACUCAGGAAACUUGUGAACAGACAGACGUUUAUUACUUGGCCAGACAAUGUUCAUGAGAGGCCACUCUUCUGGGCUCGUAUUAGAAAUGCCUUGGGCAACAGAACUGUGGAGAAAGACAAUGCACAGCUAAUAGUGGCUGAGUGA